GCCAUAUGCCAUGAAGCUGCAGUGAGGGCGACUUCUGUUUCAUCCAUUCCACCAUGUCCGAGCGUCUUGUCGCCGCCACUUCGACAACGGGGUUCUUCCAAGAACAUCCCGUCGUGCAAAAUCAGUAUGAGGAGGACGCCUCCCUACGCCGCGCCUCCGCCCUCUUCCUUCCACAGACCGUUCUCGACGAACUCGCGCCAGAUCUCAAGGCCUGGGGCGACCGUGUGCUCGCCCGAGACGUGUGGGCUCACGUCGUCAACGCCGAGCGCGACCUACCCCACCUCUCCGGCUCGGGGUUCAGCGCCUUCGGCCAGCCGGUCGGUGAUGCCCUUGUCACCUCCGCUGGGUGGCAGGCAUUACAGGAUAUUGGUAUCGCCGAAGGGCGCAUUGUUGCGACUGGCAAUGAGACGAAGUAUGGCAAGGCCGCAAGGCUCGUCCAGCUCUCCCGCUUGCAUUUGUGGAGCGGGUCCAGCGCCGUCGUCACUUGCCCCAGUGCGAUGCAGGACGGCGCCAUCAGCAUCCUCCGCCGCGACUUGGCAAGCGGAUACGUGUCUCCCGCAUAUGACAGCGAAGCGCUCCGCACCGCGCGCACCAAGGUGUUCAAACGCGCACUCGAGCGCAUGCUCUCCACCGACCCUAAGGUGACGUGGACGUCGGGGCAGUGGAUGACGGAGCGCGCCGGCGGCUCCGACGUCCAGGGCACGCAGACCGUUGCUGCUCGUGUUUCUGGUGGAGAGGGGGAAACAGACGUCGAUGGCCUGCCGCUAGGCCCAUGGACCGUGAACGGUUUCAAGUGGUUCUCAUCCGCCACCGACUGCGGGUGCGUCAUGCUUCUCGCGCAGACCGAGCGCGGCCUCUCCUGCUUCUUUGCCCCCACACGCAAGCUGGUUGGCGGCAAGCCCGAGAUGAACGGGAUUCGCAUCCAGCGCCUGAAGAACAAGCUCGGCACAAAGGCGUUGCCCACCGCCGAGCUUGAGCUGCGCGACAUGCGGGCAUGGCUCGUCGGCGAGGAGGGGCGCGGCGUGCCUGUCAUCUCAACGAUUCUCAACGUCACCCGAUAUUACAACAUUGUCGGCUCUGUGGCGGGUGUUGGCCGCGGUCUCGGCGUCGUCAAGGCGUUUGCGCGCGUCCGACGCUUCCCGAAGCAGGGCAAGGACACGACCCUCUCCAAGAUUCCCAUGUUCAACAAGACGAUUGCGGCCAUCACACUACAGUAUCGCGCGGACGUCCUGCUUUCGCAUCUCACGGCUGCGCUCCUCGGCUCCGUUGACGUCGGCCACGGCGGAGGACCUCUCACGCCCGCCAGCGCGGAGGAGGCCCAGCUUCUUUUGCACAUCAUCACGCCGGUCGCCAAGGCCUACACGGCCAAGCAUGUCGUCUGGGGUCUCCAGGAAUGCAUGGAGAGCCUCGGCGGCGUGGGAUAUAUGGAGAACGUAGAAAACCCCGAGCUCAACCUCGCGCGCGCGGUGCGCGACUCCAACGUCAACCCGAUCUGGGAGGGCACGACCAACGUACUCUCCUCACACCUCGUGAGAGCGAUCAAGGGGCGUGCGGGCGGCGCGAUGGUGCGUGCGGUCGACGCAUGGCUCAAGGAUUCGCUCCCAUCAGGCGAGGAGCGCGAGGUGGUCUUGGGCGCGUGGACGCGCCUGCGCGCCGAGUUCGCCAAAAGCGAGGACGAGCUUCUCGCCGGCGGGCGCCGCAUCCUGUGGCGCCACGGCGACAUCUUCUGCGCGACCCUCCUUCUUGCCGACGCGGCGCGGGACAGCGACGCCGUGGCUGUCGAGUGUGCGCGCCGCUUCCUGCAUGACAAGAAGGCGACGUUCGGGCUGGACGCACCAGAAGGCGACUGGAAGGAGGUGGCUGCGUGGGACGAGCGCAUCGUGUACUCCUCAAGCAGUCACGCGCCUCGAGAUCACGCACCUGUCGAGUCAGUGCCGGGCACCGGUGCCGAACGAGGAAUCAUCGCCGAGCUCCAACGCCUCCUCCUCGACUUCGAGCUGGAGUGGGGCGCCGACGGGGCAGAGUCAUCAGACGCGACAUGCUGGGGCGACAGACGGAAUUCCACGACGUUGUAA